AAGUAUGAUGGGACAAGGUGCCCAAAAGCACAUCUCGUCAUGUUCUGCCGGAAGAUGACUGCCUAUGUAAACGAAGAUAAGCUACUCAUACAUUGUUUUCAAGAUAGUCUUGCAGGAUCAGCUCUUCAGUGGUACAACCAGUUUAGUAGGGAAAAGAUCCGAUCUUGGAAGGAUUUGGCAUCAGCAUUCUGUGAGCAGUAUAAGCAUGUAUCGGAUAUGGUGCCAGACCGGAUGACCUUGCAAAUGAUGGAGAAAAAGCCGUCAGAGACCUUUAGACAAUACGCGCAGAGAUGGAGAGACGUCUCAGCCCAAGUGGAGCCCCCACUAACAAAAACAGAGAUAACCGUUCUCUUUAUCAACACCUUAAAGGCGCCGUUUUAUGAUAAACUAGUGGGAAGUGCCACGAAGGAUUUUACGGAUAUUGUAAUAUCCGGUGAACUUAUAGAGAAUGCCGUCAAGAGUGAUAGAAUGGAAGGUUUAGAAGGUUCAAAAAGGGCAGCGCCUAUGAAGAAUAAAGAACCAGAAGCCCACAUGGCACCACUCCCUUCCUACCCCAUUUACGCCACGAACAACCAAAGACCCAUCACCAUAUUCCCACAAAACAUGGUACCUGCUCAAAGGCAGCCUAAGAAUGAACCAAGACCAGCAAGGCCUAAUCCCGAGAAACCGCAGUUUACUCCCAUCCCUGACAAUAAAACAGUACCGUGGAUAUACGAUGUCAACAUCACCACACCUAAAGGUGAAAAGCCCGAAGCCAUAACUGGAGAUAUUGGGGAAGUAGGCCAUUUUACCCGCAGUGGGCGUUGUUAUUCCAAAGAAAUUGAGCUGGUAAAGAAAAAUAGUGACUUGAAACAAAAAGGAAAAGCAGUGAUGUAUGAGGCCGAAGCCGAACAGGAGACUCCACCCGUGCAAGAGACUAAAAAGUCUGUGAAUAAGGAAGAAGCUCAGGAAUUCUUGAAAUUUAUCAAGCACAGUGAGUAUAGUUUGGUGGAACAAUUGAGUAAGCAGCUAGCGCAAAUCUCAGUUUUAUCUCUACUCUUAAAUUCAGAGCCACACCGGAACGCUUUGCUGAAGGUGUUAAAUCAAGCUUAUGUAGCUAACAACAUAUCUAUUGAGAAGCUUGAUAGGUGGGUGAACAAUCUGAACGAGGACAAUUUCAUCUCUUUUAGUGAUGAUGAGAUACCGCCAAAUGGUAGAGGCUCAGUGAAAGCACUGUAUAUUACGACUCGCUGCAAGGGCUACAUAAUACCAAACGUGCUCAUCGAUAAUGGGUCGGCGCUAAAUGUUAUGCCAUUGGCCACGUUUUCUAGAAUUCCGAUAGAUCUGUCCUAUUUAAGGCCCUGUCAUUCCACGGUAAGGGCAUUCGAUGGGACAAGGCGUGAAGUCAUGGGAAAGAUCGAGAUCCCUCUGGAAGAGGGCCCUUAUAUAUACGAUGUUGAAUUCCAAGUCAUGGACAUUACACCCUCGUAUAACUGCCUGUUGGGAAGACCCUGGAUCUAUUCUGCUGGAGCAGUCCCAUCAUCCCUCCAUCAAAAGGUGAAAUUUAUCAUGGACGGCUGUUUGGUCACAGUCGAGGGCGAAGAAAACAAUGUCAGUAUAAAUGUUAUUGACAAAGAGGCUGAUGCGAGUAAGGACGUCUCAAGGAUACGCCCUUGUCCCUCAGCCGAAGAAAAUGCUGAAGAUUACGUCUCAUCUCCUGAAUUGUUAAGAAUGGUGGAACAAGAGGAUAAACAGAUUCUGCCUCAUGAAGAAUCUGUGGAAACAAUAAAUUUGAGCACUGAAGAAAGGCAACAAGAAGUGAAGAUUGGGACUUCUAUUUCAGAGAGCACCAGGCAUAAUUUGAUCGCUUUACUCCGCGAAUACAAAGAUGUUUUCGCAUGGUCAUACCAGGACAUGCCAGGGUUAGAUGAAGAUUUAGUGGUCCAUAAGCUCCCAUUAAAGCCAGAAUGUAAGCCUAUCCAGCAAAAAUUAAGACGGAUGAGACCUAAAAUGCUGUUGAAAAUAAAAGAGGAAGUCAAGAAACAAUUUGAUGCUGGCUUCCUACAAGCCUCCAAAUAUCCAGAAUGGGUGGCUAACAUAGUCCCAGUGCCAAAGAAAGAUGGCAAAGUACGAAUGUGCAUGGAUUACCGUGACCUGAAUCGAGCAAGCCCAAAAGAUAAUUUUCCUUUACCACAUAUUGAUACGUUGGUGGACAACACAACAAAAUAUUUAUUGUUUUCUUUCAUGGAUGGAUUCUCGAGAUAUAAUCAGAUCAAGAUAGCCCUUGAAGAUAUGGAGAAAACCACCUUCGUAACAAUGUGGGGAACAUUCUGCUACAAGGUGAUGCCAUUUGGGUUAAAAAAUGCUGGGGCAACAUAUCAGAGGGCUAUGGUGACGUUAUUCCAUGACAUGAUGCAUAAAGAAAUAGAGGUCUACGUCGACGAUAUGAUUGCUAAAUCCCGAGGGGAAGAAGAGCAUGUAGUGAAUCUCAAGAAGUUGUUCGAAAGGCUGAGAAAGUUUCAGCUAAAACUUAAUCCAGCCAAAUGUACGUUUGGGGCUACCUCAGGAAAGUUACUAGGCUUCAUUGUCAAUGAAAGAGGUAUCGAGGUUGAUCCAGAUAAAAUAAAGGCCAUUCAAGAGUUACCACCCCCGCACACGCAAAAGGAAGUUAGAGGAUUUUUAGGGAGAUUAAACUAUAUCGCCCGAUUUAUCGCUCAACUUACCAACCAAUGCGACCCAAUCUUUCGGCUUCUUCGAAAACAUAACCCAGGAGAAUGGAAUGAGGAAUGCCAGGUGGCCUUUGGUAAGAUAAAGCAAUAUUUUUCCAGUCCUCCAGUGCUAGUACCGCUAACUCCGGGAAGACCAUUGAUAUUGUAUUUGACUAUGUUCGAAAAUUCAAUGGGUUGCGUACUGGGGCAACAUGACGAGUCAGGAAAGAAAGAAAAGGCGAUCUAGUACGUUAGCAAAAAGUUCACUAAAUAUGAGGCAAAGUAUUCGUCUAUUGAAAAAUACUGUUGCGCUCUGGUUUGGGUAGCUCGGAGACUCAGACAAUAUAUGUUGUAUCACAUGACAUGGUUAAUUUCAAAGCUGGACCCAAUAAAAUACAUGAUGGAAUCGCCGGCACUAUCAGGAAGAAUGGCACGAUGGCAGAUCCUCCUUUCGGAAUAUGACAUUACCUAUGUAAGUCAGAAGUCGAUAAAAGGGAGCGCAAUAGCUGAUUUCCUAGCGACUUGAACGACAGAAGAAUAUGAGCCUUUAAGAUUCGAUUUCCCAGAUGAAGACUUAAUGUGCAUCACAGAAAUGGAAUCCGAGUUAUCAAAAGAGAAGUCAUGGAAGAUGUGCUUUGAUGGUGCGUCAAAUGCCUUGGGACAUAGAAUUGGAGCAAUCCUGGUUUCACCAGAGGGGAAUCAUUAUCCGUUCACUGCAAGACUGAAUUUCUUCUGUACCAAUAACAUAGCAGAAUAUGAGGCCUGUAUCAUGGGACUUCGUGCAGCUAUCGAACAAGACAUUGAAAUCCUAAAGGUGUACGAAGACUCAGCCCUAGUGGUUUACCAGAUCCGUGGAGAUUGGGAAGUGAGAGACCCAAAAUUAAUUAAGUACAGUGAUUUAGUGGCUGAAUUAAUCAAGGAGUUCAAAGAAAUAACUUUUCAUUACUUCCCACGAGAAGAAAACCAAUUGGCUGAUGCCCUGGCCACUUUGGCUUCAAUGUUCAAAGCAAGUAGAGAAGCAGAAAUAAUGCCCCUCAAAAUGAGUAUAUACGAGGUACCUGCACACUGUUGUAGUAUUGAGAAAGAGCCAGACGGACAGCCAUGGUUCCAUGAUAUCUUAGAAUAUAUCAAGAAUCAAAGCUAUCCCGAACAAGCGAAUGAGAACGACAAAAGAACAAUCAGAAGAAUGGCAGCGGGAUUUGUUCUUGAUGGGGAUAUCCUGUACAAAAGAGGAAAAGAUCAGAUGCUCUUGAGAUACGUGGAUGAUGUUGAAGCUAGGAAAAUACUUGAAGAUGUCCAUGAGGGAAUCUGCGGAACACAUGCCAAUGGUUUCAAUAUGGCCAGAAAGAUCAUGAGACUCGGUUAUUAUUGGCUAACGAUGGAAAGUGACUACAUCAAUUUUGCAAGAAAAUGCCACAAAUGUCAAAUCUAUGGCGAUAAAAUUCAUGUAGCCCCUUCUCCUCUUCAUGUCAUGACCUCUCCGUGGCCUUUUUCUAUGUGGGGCAUGGAUGUUAUAGGGCCAAUAUCUCCAAAAGCUUCAAAUGGACAUCGAUUCAUUUUUGUGGUUAUCGAUUACUUCACAAAAUGGAUAGAAGCCGCUUUGUUUGCUAAUGUGACAAAGACUGCAGUUUGUAGGUUUUUGAAAAAGAAAAUCAUUUGCUGAUAUGGUUUGCCUGAAAGAAUCAUUUCGGAUAACGCCAUGAAUCUGAACAACAAGAUGAUGAAAGAAGUGUGCGAGCAAUUCCAAAUAAAGCAUCAUAACUCCUCGCCCUAUCGCCCAAAAAUGAACGGGGCUGUUGAAGCAGCCAACAAAAAUAUCAAGAGGAUCAUUGGGAAAAUGACUGAGACAUAUAAAGAUUGGCACGACAAACUACCAUUUGCUUUGUAUGCAUAUCGCACAUCUAUGCGAACAUCUACGGGAGCAACUCCUUUCUCUCUGGUCUAUGGAAUGGAAGCUGUGCUACCUAUCGAGGUUGAGAUCCCCUCACUGCGAGUCUUGAUGGAAUCAAAGUUAGAAAAAGCAGAAUGGGUUCGAGCUCAAUAUGAUCAGUUGAACCUCAUCGAAGAAAAACGUCUAAGAGCGAUUUGUCAUGGACAGAUGUACCAGAAAAGAAUGAUCGCAGCCCAUGACAAGAAGGUACGGCCAAGAGAAUUCCAUGAAGGAGAACUCGUGCUAAGGAAAAUUCUCCCAGUACAAAAAGACCUGCGAGGAAAAUGGGCACCAAAUUGGGAAGGACCAUACGUUGUAAAGAAGACAUUCUCAAGAGGAGCUUUAAUCCUUACCGAGAUGAAUGGGAAGGAGUUACCGAAUCCAGUGAACUCAGAUGUGGUGAAGAAAUAUUAUGCUUGA